UCACUCUGUCUACCUCGCACUCUCGCACUCUCGCUUGCUCGCAGCACAAAGAGGCGAGAAGAGACCGAUCGAGAGUUUUUGUUAGAGAAGAGAUGUCUUUAGUAACAAAAGAUGUGAUAGCCAAUGCUGAGGUCUAUUACGGCGAUGAAAUCUGUCGAGAAAAGUUCAAAUGGUUGCUCAAGGAGAUAGGACUGCCAAACAGUAUCGUCCCUGUAAGAGACGUAGAAGAAUGCGGGUACGUGAGGGAAACUGGUUUUGUUUGGCUCAAACAGAAACAGAAGAUUGAAUACAAGUAUGAGAAGGUUGGUAGACUUGUUUCCUAUGCAACGGAGGUCACAGCCUACGUUGAGCCAUAUAGGAUUAAGAAGCUGACUGGUGUGAAGACUAAAGAGCUUCUGGUCUGGUUCACUCUGACCGACAUUUGCCUCAACCCCAACACCGGCAAAAUCAACUUCAAGACUUCAACAGGUCUGUCGAAAUCCUUUCCGGCUUCAGCAUUCGAGAUGGACGAAGUCCCAGAACCAGAAGCUAAAGAAACCAAGGAAGUAAUGGAAGUCAAGGAAGGAAAACUUAUACUAGUUUAAUACUAGAUUGAAGACUCGAGACUCUGAAUAUAGAUAGCUUCUUGAGCUUCGUCAUGGUUAUCAGCAUCUUUCAUUUUUCUUUUCUCUCUCAACUCCACACCUUCUACUACGUACUGUGUUUCCGUUGUAACGUGCUAUGCUAAAAUAAAUGAAUAAAUGAACAAAUCAAUAAAUAAUUAAAUAGAGUAUUUUCGUUACGUGGGACCAAAAGCUAAGCAAUGGAACUUUGGCCUUCGGGUUGGACU